GGAGCAGGCGCUCGGCGGCGGAGCGGAGCGGCGGGCGCGGCAGCGGCUGCGGGUCUGGGGACAUUGCCGGCAACAUGCGCCUGCUGCGGGCCCUGCUCUGCCUCUGGCUGCUGGCCGAAGCGGCCCUGGCUUCCCGGGUACGUACCCGCCGGGAGCUGGGUCCCGGCUUGUAUGAGCACGGGGUCUACGAUGCCGGUGGGUCCUACUGCCAGCGAGGGGACGUCUGCUGCCACGGCCGUAACGAUGGCUGCACCGUGCCCUACCACGACACCCUCUGCUACUGUGACCUCUUCUGCAACCGCACCGUCUCCGACUGCUGCCCUGACUUCUGGGAGUACUGCCUGGGCAUUCCGGCCCCUUUCCCCAAAGCUCCAGGCUGUGCCCGCGCCGGCCGCAACUACCCCACCGGAGCCACGUACCGGGAGAACUGCAACCUGUGCACCUGCGGCCCCGGCGGGCAGUGGCAGUGCGAGGACCAUGCCUGCCUGAUGGAUGGGGAGCUGAUCGACGCCGUCAACAGGGGCAAUUACGGCUGGAGAGCCGCCAACUACAGCCAGUUUUGGGGCAUGACGCUGGAGGACGGGAUCCGGUACCGCCUGGGCACCUUCCGACCCUCUCCCACCGUCAUGAACAUGAACGAGAUGCACAUGAACAUGGACUCCAACGAGGUGCUGCCUCGCCACUUUGAUGCGGCGGCAAAGUGGCCCGGGAUGAUCCACGAGCCCUUGGACCAGGGCAACUGUGCCGGUUCCUGGGCUUUCUCCACGGCGGCCGUCGCCUCGGACCGCAUCUCCAUCCACUCCAUGGGACACAUGAAGCCCGCCCUGUCACCCCAAAACCUCCUGUCCUGUGACACCCGCAACCAGCGGGGCUGCAGCGGGGGCCGGCUGGACGGUGCCUGGUGGUACCUCCGCAGGCGAGGGGUGGUGACGGACGAGUGCUACCCCUUCACCAGCCAGGAGAGCCAGCCGGCGGCACAGCCCUGCAUGAUGCACAGCCGCUCCACGGGCAGGGGCAAGCGGCAGGCGACGGCACGCUGCCCCAACCCCCAGACCCACGCCAACGAGAUCUACCAGUCCACCCCUGCCUACCGCCUCUCCUCCAGCGAGAAGGAGAUCAUGAAGGAGCUGCUGGAGAAUGGCCCCGUGCAAGCCAUCCUGGAGGUGCACGAGGAUUUCUUCAUGUACAAGAGCGGGAUCUAUCGGCACACGCCGGUGGCCGAGGGGAAGGGGCCGAAGCACCAGAGACACGGGACCCACUCAGUCAAAAUCACCGGGUGGGGAGAAGAGCAGCUGCCUGAUGGCCAGACCCAAAAAUACUGGACCGCGGCCAACUCCUGGGGCACGGCGUGGGGCGAGGGCGGCCACUUUCGCAUCGCCCGCGGCGUCAACGAGUGCGAAGUGGAGACCUUCGUGGUGGGCGUCUGGGGCCGCGUCAGCAUGGAGGACAUGCCCCACAAGUGAGCCCCCCGCUGCCCACUGUCCUCCCACCCCGGGGCCCCCCCCAGCCCCGGAGAUGUCCUUGUCCCUACGAUGGCCCUGCCCAGCACCGCAGCCCCUCCGUCCCCUCCUGGGGGUACCCGUGGGGUGGGACCCCCACGCAGCCCCGUGCCGCCGGGCAGGGGCAUGAGACUGUCCCCUGCGUCCCCAUCCCCGGGGGGGCCGCAUGCCCCCGCUGUGCUGACGCUGCGGCUGGGUGCAAUGGUGCGUGCAUGGGGUGUGCGGACGGGGGUGCCCCGGGGGCCGGACCCACAUCCCGUGGGAUUUACCAGCUAAUCCCCCCGCCCCGGGCUCGGCUGGGCUUCGGUGGCAGCUGGGGGCUCUUCAAAGGCGGCCACCCCCCACCCUGACCGGUGCUGAUGGCUUCACCCCCCUUCUCCCACUGCCGGCGAGCACGUGUCUGGGGGAGCGCUGCAGCAGGACCCCCGGGGCUCCUGCACCCCCAUAUCUGCCCCCCCAACUCCCCUCACCCGGGCAUCCCUGGAGCCAGGGGAGUAAAAUAACCCAGCAGUGCCCGGGGCGGGGGGGUUCACCCGUGCCCCCAGGGCUGGAGGAGCCCCAAGGCUGGGUGUUGCCAGCUGGGGAUCAGGAUGGGGUCCCCACCGUCCCCCCUGCCUGUCCCUAUGGUGCUAUGGCCCCUGCCACCCCCCUGGGGACCGCGGGGACCGGGGAGGGCUCAGCCCCACAGUGUCCCUGCCCCGGAGGGGCCACAAUUGGGGACCACGCAGCAGCACAGCCCAGGCCCUCCCACCCUUUCCCCCCCCCUCCGCCCGGGGCUGUACUUUUAAGACUUUUUGUAUUUAUUUUGCUUUUUAUUAUUUGUAAAUAAAACUUAUUGAAGCCU